CAGAGACGCGCUGGUUGUAGUUGAAACAAGGAAUUUUUUUAAAUUGCUUUCUUCCCUUUUUGGGGGGUGGUUCAUUCCCCCCCCAUCCUCUUGGACAGUUUUUCCUCCUCCCUUCGGCGGUUUUUUUUUUGGGGGGGCUUUUUAUUAUUAUUUUUUUAAACCUUUUUUUUAAAAAAAAAGGCGGUUGACGUUCAGCAAGACGCCAACGCUGCUAUGGAUUUUACCGGCAGCUCGGGUGGGGGCAGCGAUCACCGACAGAUCGAGGAGAGCAAGCCGCUGCUGGGUGAAAUGUCUGCUACUGAGGGGAGUAAAAUGGGUGCUGCGCGUUGCAGGCGACCCCUUCUGCACUGCAAUGGCAUGAGGUAUAAACUGCUGCAAGAGGGGGACAUCCAGGUUUGUGUCAUCAGACACCCCCGGACAUUUCUUAGCAAGAUCCUCACCUCCAAAUUUUUGAGGAGGUGGGAGCCUCAUCAUGUAACCCUGGCAGAUAACAGCUUAGCCUCAGCUACACCAACUGGGUAUAUGGAAAACUCCAUUUCCUACAGUGCUAUUGAAGACGUUCAGCUGCUCUCCUGGGAGAAUGCCCCUAAGUACUGUUUACAGCUCACAAUCCCUGGGGGUACUGUCUUACUGCAGGCUGCAAACAGUUACCUGAGGGAUCAGUGGUUUCAUUCUUUGCAGUGGAAGAAAAAGAUUUACAAGUACAAGAAAGUGCUUAGUAACCCAAGCCGUUGGGAGGUUGUUUUGAAGGAGAUUAGGACACUGGUGGACAUGGCGCUAAACUCUCCACUACAGGAUGAUUCCAUCCAUCAAGCACCACUGGAGAUUGUCUCAAAGCUGCUCUCGGAGAACACCAACUUAACCACUCAAGACCAUGAGAGCAUUAUUGUGGCAAUUGCACCUUUGCUGGAAAACAAUCACCCUCCGCCUGACCUCUGUGAAUUCUUCUGCAAGCACUGCAGAGAACGCCCUCGGUCCAUGGUUGUCAUAGAAGUGUUCACACCGGUGGUACAGAGAAUCCUCAAACACAACAUGGAUUUUGGGAAGUGCCCUCGGUUGAGACUGUUUACUCAGGAGUAUAUUCUGGCUUUGAAUGAACUGAAUGCUGGCAUGGAGGUGGUGAAGAAGUUCAUUCAUAGCAUGCACGGUCCCACUGGACAAUGCCCCCAUCCCAGGGUCCUGCCGAAUCUUGUAGCUGUCUGCUUAGCAGCCAUUUAUUCUUGUUAUGAGGAAUUUAUCAACAGUCGAGACAAUUCUCCAAGCCUGAAGGAAAUUCGGAACGGCUGCCAGCAGCAAUGUGACCGAAAGCCUAACUUACCCCUCCGGCUUCUCCACACGAGUCCCGACCUGGUUUCUCAAGAGGCCACCUUGAGCGAAUCUCGCCUCAAAUCGGUCAUUGUCACAUCGAACGAGAUCCACGUGGAAGUGGAGCGUAACAACACUGCUAACCAGAAGAUGACGGCAAAUGUCGGCAACGAUAGUGAGCCCAACCUGAUUGAUUGCCUGAUGGUCAGCCCCACCUGUAGCACCAUGAGCAUCGAGCUGAGCGCCCAGGCAGACAGGAUCCUCGGCUGCUACGUGGAAAUACUAAAAAUGCUGUCGGACUAUGAUGACUGGAGACCAGCUCUGGCCAGCUUGCUUCAACCUAUCCCAUUUCCCAAGGAGGCUCUUGCACAUGAGAAAUUCACAAAGGAGCUGAAAUAUGUGAUUCAGAGAUUUGCGGAAGACCCAAGACAAGAAGUCCACUCGUGUUUGCUGAGUGUGCGGGCUGGCAAAGAUGGCUGGUUCCAGCUAUACAGUCCCGGGGGAGUGGCCUGUGAUGACGACGGAGAACUAUUUGCCAGUAUGGUACGUGUCUGCAAUAACGUUCAUAUUUUAAUGGGGUCUUGUUAUAAGACAAAAAAAUUCCUGCUUUCGCUGGCUGAAAACAAACUUGGACCCUGCAUGCUCCUGGCUCUGAGGGGCAACCAGACCAUGGUGGAGAUUCUGUGUUUGAUGCUGGAAUAUAACAUCAUCGACAACAAUGACACGCAGCUCCAGAUCAUCUCUACCCUGGAAAGCACGGACGUGGGAAAGAGAAUGUAUGAACAGCUGUGUGACAGGCAGAGGGAAUUAAAAGAACUGCAAAGGAAAGGUGGUCCCACACGGUUAACACUGCCAUCCAAAUCCACAGAUGCGGACCUGGCCCGGUUAUUAAGUUCGGGAUCCUUUGGAAAUUUGGAAAACCUCAGCCUGGCCUUCACCAAUGUAACGAGUGCCUGUGCUGAGCACCUCAUCAAACUGCCUUCGCUCAAGCAGCUGAACCUGUGGUCAACUCAGUUUGGAGAUGCAGGUUUGCGGCUUCUCUCUGAACACCUCACCAUGCUGCAAGUGCUCAACUUGUGUGAGACUCCCGUCACAGAUGCUGGGCUGCUGGCACUGAGCUCCAUGAAAAGCCUGUGUAGCUUAAAUAUGAACAGCACCAAACUUUCAGCCGACACCUAUGAAGAUCUCAAGGCUAAAUUGCCCAACCUGAAAGAAGUGGAUGUGCGCUACACCGAAGCCUGGUGAACUCUCUCUCUCUUUAGCUUCUGACAAGAAGAAAAAGAUUUUAAAAACAAAACCAGAAAAUAAAACAACUUUUGGCUAAUACCUGUAGAGCAGUGAGUUCUGGGACUUCACUUCUAGCAGUUGUGGUUGUGAGAUAGAGGAGUCGCUGUGUGUGGGGGAGGGUGAACUGAGCAUGCCCAGACCCUGCCUAAUUCUUUCGGCUUUGUAAUUUCAAAAUCAACAUAAUUUAAAUUGGAAAAAAAAAAGACUUUGUAGCAGCAAGAGGAUUCUAAAGAGUGGGGAAAAACCCCAUCCUUUGUGGAUUUUAUUUGCCUUUGUGUUUU